GCGCAGAGCUCGGGUGUCUGGUCCUCCCGCGCCGCCGCUGUGUGCGGAGACGAACCGGGACGCAGCCGGGACCCAGCCGCUCCUCCGCGGGACCCACCGCCACCGGCAGCCCCGCACAGCCGGCCCCAAGAGGACUUUGUAGCCUGUGCCUCCCGCCUGUCGGAACGCUGAGGCCACCUGCGAGCAGAUGGAGCUGGACCACAGGACCACCGGCGGCCUCCACACCUACCCUGGGCCCCGCGGCGGGCCGGUGGCCAAGCCCAACGUGAUCCUGCAGAUCGGUAAGUGCCGAGCGGAGAUGCUGGAGCACGUGCGGAGGACCCACCGGCACCUGCUGACGGAAGUGUCCAAGCAGGUGGAGCGGGAGCUGAAGGGGCUGCACAGGUCGGUGGGCAAGCUGGAGAACAACCUGGACGGCUACGUGCCCACCAGCGACUCGCAGCGCUGGAAGAGGUCCAUCAAGGCCUGCCUGUGCCGCUGCCAGGAGACCAUAGCUAACCUGGAGCGCUGGGUCAAGCGGGAGAUGCACGUGUGGCGCGAGGUCUUCUACCGGCUGGAGAGGUGGGCUGACCGCCUGGAGUCCAUGGGCGGCAAGUACCCGGUGGGCAGCGAGCCUGCCCGCCACACUGUCUCCGUGGGCGUCGGGGGUCCCGAGAGCUACGGCCAAGAGGCUGACACCUACGAUUACACGGUCAGCCCCUACGCUGUCACCUCGCCGCCAGCCGCGGGCGCGCUGCCGGGGCAGGAGGCCACGGAGGCCCAGCAGUACCCGCCCUGGGGUCCGGGAGAGGACGCGCAGCCCAGUCCUGGCGUGGACACGCAGAUCUUUGAGGACCCGCGGGAGUUCCUCAGCCACCUGGAGGAGUACCUGCGGCAGGUGGGCGGCUCGGAGGAGUACUGGCUCUCACAGAUCCAGAACCACAUGAACGGGCCGGCCAAGAAGUGGUGGGAAUACAAGCAGGGGUCGGUGAAGAACUGGGUGGAGUUCAAGAAGGAAUUCCUGCAGUACAGUGAGGGCACGCUGUCCCGAGAGGCCAUCCAGCGGGAGCUGGACCUGCCACAGAAGCAGGGCGAGCCGCUGGACCAGUUCCUGUGGCGCAAGCGGGACCUGUACCAGACGCUCCACGUGGACGCCGAGGAGGAGGAGAUCAUCCAGUAUGUGGUGGGCACCCUGCAGCCUAAGCUCAAGCGGUUCCUGCGCCCACCGCUGCCCAAGACCCUGGAGCAGCUCAUUCAGAAGGGCAUGGAAGUGCAGGAUGGCCUGGAGCAGGCGACCGAGUCCUCCAGCCCCCACCUGCCCCCUGAGGAGGAGAGCGAGGCCCUCACCCCAGCCCCCACCAGCGAGUCCGUAGCCAGUGACCGGACCCAGCCCGAAUAGAGGGCACUGGAUACCUCUGCACCCCGGCCACCGUGGCCUUUGCCCACCAGGACUUUUGAGUCGGCUGACCCCGAAGGAGGAACCCUCACCCUUGCCCAGCUGGGCACCCACCUCAGCCUCCCAGCCUGACUCACACAGACACAUGUCAUCCAGAUGUGGGCAGUGUGCUUCAAACAGCAAAGGAGUCCCCCUUCCCUGCAGGGCCCUGCCCCUUACCCUCCCUCUGUCUGUCUUCCCUGGCCCUGGCCGGCCUGAGCUGGUGACGCCCCCUCCACACUCUCAGGCCAUGACAGCUUCCUUAUUCUGCUUAAUGCCCAGGCCCUCUGGGCACCCAGAAACUAAGAGUCCAGGUGGCACAGGCCAGCAGGCCCCAAGCUCAAGGGACACCCCAGAGCAGAAGCCCAGCUGGAAACAGUUCCCCGGUGGCCUGGGCUUCGGGGAUGCCCCCUCUCCUGGCAGUCGCUGCGCAGCCGGCUGGCACCCCGCAGCCACCCACGGCAGCUGGCCAGCCUCAGGCAGUGUGGCUCCCUCCUUCUAGAGGAGAGCCAGAGCCGAAAACGCAGCAGCAGCAGCAGCAGCAGCGGCAGCAACAGACCUGGUGUCCUGAUGCCUCCUGGCCCCUCAGCCUGCAGAGGGACCGAGCCCUGCUCGAUGACUCACUGUGGCAGGCGGAAGGUCCCACAGGGCCCGAGUCCUCAGACCUGGCUGAGGCAGCAGCCGGCCCUUGGAGCCAGGAUAGUGACAACAGGUCUCCAGGCUCCCCAGAGCCUUGCUGCUGUGCUGGGCACUGCCCCCCUCCUCCCCCUGCAAGCUGCCAGCAUGGGAGGAGAAGUCCGAGGCCAGAGAGAAAGUGGCCACAGAGAGGCGGGGCCCCGGCAGGGAGCCGGUGGUGAAGAUGGGCCAGUGUGAGGGCCAGGGCCUGCCACUGUGCCUGCCCCGCUGGCCGCCCACCUGCCCGCCCCAGGGCCACUGUGGCUGGAGUUGAGGUCGGCUACCCCAGGCUUGGUCUCACUUCCGCUCCAGCCCAAGAAUCCCUGCCUACUGCGCAGCCAUCCUGUCCUGCCGGAGCUUUCCAAGAGUCUUGGGGCUGAGCUCACAACCCCUGCCCCUACCAGGUGGUCCCAAGCCCAGCCCCAGGAGUUCCAGAAGCCUUUGCUCCUGGGGCUCAUUCGGGCUCUCUUUUGCCCAGGCCUGGACCCCCACCUCCGCCGGCACCAAAACCUUGGUGCUGGCUGGCUACUAAUAUCUGCAGCCCCAGCAGGCCUUGGUUGGGGGUCCCCCUUUCUGCCUGUUCCCUGGGGGUUCUCAGAUUCGGGGGACUGACAUCUGCAGGGAACUCUACCAGCCCCUCCAUCCGUGCCCUGCCAGCCCUCCAGCCCCAGAUUUUAUUUUUGCGCAUAAGCCAUAACCCAUACUCCCGGGCUGGCCCAGGCUGCAGGGAGGCCCCAGGGUCCACGAGAGGGCGUGGCCAACCUUGCCCUUGUGCCCCCCACGGAUCAAGCCUUGAGUGCCAGGCCAGGCUGUGUGUACCCCUGCCACCUCACCUGAAGACAGACUCUUUUUGUAAGAUUUUUAAUAAAACACUGAAACUUCUUGA